CGAUAGUAUUGUGGUGCGACGACGACGUGUGUGCUGUUUGUUACCCCUUCUGUUUUUCCUUGGUCCGUCCACGUGUCUACCCCAUCAUUAAAAAAUAGGAAGAAAGUGGCAGGAUUGUUGUUGUAAGCGCCGAAGCUGCAGAGGGCAGACUCGCAGACUCAGACUCGAUCCGCAAGUGGAAGCAAGCAGUUGUGCAUAUUAGCUAAUGACUCGGAGUCUGAAUCUGCUCUGAACUGAUUCUGAGAGGCCCGAGGCCCGAACCUUUAGUGAUUUCUCCUGAGCAACCCUUUGUCUCUGUCGUGUGAAGCUGUUUGUAGAAUGACAAAUCGUCCGAAGGACUCCUUCCAAAUAGCCCAAAUGGCCUUCUUCUCUGGCAUCAGUGGUCAUGAUGACGACUCCCAUCACCCGUGGUAUCCUCAACCACAAAGCUUUGGUGGUCUUCCUGACCAACUUCUGGGACCUCAAAGGGCCCUGCUACCUCCACCCUCUGGAAUGUUUGGGCCGCCUGCCUAUCCUGGACACAAAGGAAGCGCCAAGAGCCGCAAAGGGGAGAUGACUCUGAAGUCCCCUUCGAAGAAGAAAAUCCACAACACUGACCCUUAUAGGAGGGCAAUUCAGGCGGCUGAAGAUGGCGGUAUUACUGACCAACUUCUGGGACCUCAAAGGGCCCUGCUGCCUCCGCCCACUGGAAUGUUUGGGUCGUCUGCCUAUCCUGGACACAAAGGAAGCGCCGAGAGCCGCGAAGGGGAGAUGACUCUAAAGUCCCCUUCGAAGAAGAAAAUCCACUACACUGACCCUUUUAGGAGGGCAAUUCAGGCGGCUGAAGAUGGCGGUAUUGCUGACCAACUUCUGGGACCUCAAAGGGCCCUGCUGCCUCCACCCACUGGAAUGUUUGGGCCAUCUGCCUAUCCUGGACACAAAGGAAGCGCCGAGAGCCGCGAAGGGGAGAUGACUCUGAAGUCCCCUUCAAAGAAGAAAAUCCACAACACUGAUCCUUAUUAUAGGAGGGCACCAGCUGUCGAGAUAAAUAUGUAUCAGCCAUUGAAAGUGGAAAUGAAUUUUGAAUCUUCUUGCAUGCAAGACCUUCAUGGAAUGAUGAAGCAGAAAGUGGCCAAACAGAAAUCCACUGACACUAAGCUGAAAAUCAGCGAACCGCCUGCUGUGGCUGUGGCGCAGAUGGCUGUAUCAACUCCUGCUUUGAAAUGCCAUCGCUGCAAUUGCAUCAUAUCUGGGCCAACUGCAAGCCAGGACUUGGACAAGCACCUCAAGGACUGCGGCACCAUCAAAUGUGUGCUGUGUGGAAAUAAGUAUAAAACCAUCAAAACCCUGCAGAACCACCAGGCUAAGGCUCAUGCCGAUCCAUUCAUGAAUUUCAAACGCUAAUAAGACUUUGAUUGGACAAUUUUUUCCUCAGUUCAUUAUUUUGUAUUUUCUCUUUUCUGGUAAUGAUUUAAUUGGUAUUCACAAAUUCAAAAGUUUUUGAUUGCCUUUGGCAUAUAUGAAUGUCUUAUGUCGAAACUUGAGGUUGGCUGUCCCAUAUUUUGAUAUUAUUACAUGCAUAAUUAUGGUGCUUAUUGUAAGUUAAAUUUAUACCUUUAAAGACAAGUGUGUAUGAAUUCAUAACAGAACUACUAUGUGUUGUAUGGGUCUUAAUUCUAAAAGAACUUAAACAUGGUUGGCACAACAUAAAUUAUUUAAACUCUAAAUUUUAUGAACCAUUAGUCAGGAAAAGUCUUUCGCAUCAAAGACCUUUUCUAUCAUUAUAACUGAAUCUCAUAGUCCAGGGCUCACUAAAUGCAGUUAGCUGCCUUCAGCAGAUUAUGAACUAAAAGCAAGAAGCUCACUUUUGUUGUUGCGUUUUUAUUUUAUUUCAGAAUUCAUAUAAAAAAGAUCUUUUCAGAACCAUUUUGUAUCAAGAAAAAAUGGUUAAUGAAGGGCAAGAAAAAUAUUAAUAAUAUUAAUGUAAGCAAUAAAAUAUAAAAAUGAUGGAUAUUAUGCUAAUAGUCCACUGAAGAAUCUGUACUUGCCCUAUGAAUUAUUUUAUUGCUCUGAAUAAAUGCUAGAAGCAAGCACUGAGGUAAUUAAUAA